AUGAACAGGCACUACGCCUCUCCGAAGGGCCAUUCGGCUUUUCCCUUCCCCAUCGCGUCAAAUCGCUUUCAGCCUCGCCCACAGCCUGCCUUUCGCCGCCGACGACAGCUUUUCCACCGACUCCUUCUCCUCGGCGGAAUUUCCUUCCUCUUAUUCCUCCUCAUCUUCCCGUCCUGGCGCGCGGCCAUUCUUCCGGCGAUCUCUCUCGGACUCGUCAAUCAUUCGGAGGAGCUGCAUCAUCUCCAAACGGUCCGAUACUAUGAUCUCUCCGAUGUUCAGGGAACGGAAAAGGGUUGGGAGCGUGGGGAGCGCGUGCUGAUGCUCACGCCGUUACGUGAUGCCUCGUCCCAUCUACCCAUGUUCUUCUCGCACCUUCGCAACCUGACCUACCCGCACAACCUGAUCGACUUGGCCUUUUUGGUCUCCGACUCGCGCGACGACACAAUGGAGAUGCUGUCUCGUAUGCUACAGGAGGUACAAGACGACCCGGAUCCGAAGAUGAAUUUUGGUGAAAUUUCCGUGAUUCAGAAGGACUUUGGUCAGAAAGUGCAGCAGGACGUGGAAAGUCGACAUGGUUUUGAGGCUCAGGCGAGCCGGCGAAAACUGAUGGCUCAAGCCCGGAACUGGCUACUCAGUGCAACAUUACGUCCCACCCACAGCUGGGUCUAUUGGCGAGAUGCGGACGUUGAGACCGCCCCGACCACGAUCAUUGAAGACCUAAUGCGACACAACAAGGAUGUCACCGUUCCCAACGUCUGGCGCCCACUUCCAGAUUGGCUCGGUGGCGAGCAACCCUACGACCUGAAUUCGUGGCAAGAGUCAGAAACGGCACUGGCCCUAGCUGAUAGUCUGGAUGAGGAUGCGGUCAUUGUGGAGGGGUAUGCGGAAUACGCAACAUGGCGCCCUCAUCUGGCUUACCUCCGCGACCCGUAUGGCGAUCCCGACAUGGAAAUGGAGCUCGACGGCAUCGGUGGUGUCAGUAUCUUGGCCAAGGCGCGCGUCUUCCGCUCAGGAGUCCAUUUCCCGGCCUUUAGUUUUGAGAAGCAUGCGGAGACGGAAGGCUUUGGAAAGAUGGCCAGACGUAUGAACUUCUCUGUGAUUGGACUCCCACAUUACACCAUUUGGCACUUGUAUGAACCGAGUCUGGAUGACUUGCGCCACAUGGAGGAGAUGGACCGAGAACGCGAAGCCCGUGAAGAGGAGGAGCGUCAGCGCCAAUCUCAAGAGCAGGAGAAGGGUCAUGAUGAUGCAAAAUCUGGUCGCUCGUCAGCGUCCGAUGCAGGUUCUAGCGAGAAGUCAGGCUGA